AUGUAUAAAAAUGAACUAGACUACACUGCAAACUUAAAAUUUAUAGAUGAUAUAACAUCAAAAGAGUUUAAAUAAUAUGAAGUAGGUCAUAGAAAGACUUAUUCAUAACCAGAUCAAGUUUAAUUAAAAAGAUAAGCUGAUCGAUUGGGUAAUUGUUUUAUAAUAAACAUUAGAAAUUUCCCUUAAUCAAAGUUUAACAUUGUAAAUGUACCCAAGCAUUUUUAAAUAUAUCAGGAUUAAAGUAAAAGAAUUAACAAAACCAUUGAAUUUUGUUUAUGAAUCCAAUAAUAAUUAAUGUUUGAUUAAGAUAUUUGUAUCAUCAAUAACUGAUAGUCCAAACAUUUUAAAUAAUACUUUACAAGUCAUUGUAAAAAUAUUAAUAAUAAAUUAGAAUAGAUCAAGAUUUUAAUUUACUGAACCACCCUCUCAUAUACCCAAAUUCAAAUGUGACUAUGUAUAUUUAUCAAUCUACACUGAUAAAUAUACAGAUUUAAAGAUUAAAGCCACUGCUGGAGUGCAUCAAUCAAAUAAUAAUAGAAGUCUUUAGAAAAGAUAAUAGACUCCAACACUUUAAAUUCCAAGAGAAUUAUUCACAGCUAGAGAACCAGGUAGUUAUACCUAUAGAAGUAAUUUCUCUUGUAAUAAUUUUAUUCAAAUCUCAGUAGUGCAUAAACCAAAAACUAAUUAAUCAUCAUUUAUUCGAUCAAAUAAAGAGUCUUAAGUCAAAUUUAAACUUAUACUGGAUUUUAAGAUCAAGAAUACUAAAUAAAAGAAUUCAUUGAUUGAAGAAAUGAUGAAAAAGAAAUCUAUGAUAUAACAUAAUAAGAAAGUUCAUUUAUUAGAAUCUUCUUACACUCAUGAACUUGACAGGUUGCAAUCCAGAGUAUCAAGACUAAGAAGUGAAAUCAAAUGCCAUAUUAGCAAUAUAGAUAUGUUAUGGCUAGAGUUACUAGUUAUAACAUUAUUAUCUAAAGCUAUCAAACAUUAAUAUUAUGUAUGUUUAAAUUUAAAUAGAAACGAGUCAUGAGAAUAGUUAUAACUAAUAAGGUUUAGGUUUGUUGUAGAAAAUUUAUGAGAAUUAUGCUUAAUAAAAUUAGUUCAAGAUAUUAAUAUGGUAAAAAAGAGGCUGUAUAUCUUGAUACUAAUAUUCUAUUUUACUUUGGUGCCAAACUCAUGAGAAAUAAAGCUAAACUUAGAGCUUAUUCUAUUUUAAAUCAUUUUCUUUAUAGAUAUGGUCAUCUAUCAAAUGGAAUGAAUAAAAUGUCUUAGUUCAAUUUAAAAAUCAAAUACAUUUAAUAAAAAUGGAAAUAAUAUAAGAAAUGUGAAACCAAUUAUUUAAAUAGGGUUGCUGAUUAAAUUAUUGAUAAAUGGGGCUUUUUAUAUCGAGAAAUAAUAAGUGAGCUCUAAAAUGCUCCAAAAUCUGCACCAACUUAGGAUAAAAGAUUGCUUUUAGAAGCUAUAUCUGAUAAUCUUAACAAUUAUAAAAAAUCAUUUCUUUAAUUCAAUAACAUUUUCGAUAAGUUGGCCACUGGAACUACUGUUUUUAGGCCAAUGAACAAUAUUAUUAUGAAAGACAUUAUGCAUCAAUAUGUUGUUAAAAAAGCCAAUAAAUUUUAAUGA